AGGGCUGCCAUGACAACGCUACAACGACACCAAGAAGACCAAUAGAAAAGGGAAACAAAAUGUUUCAAUGCUACACUCAACGGCGGAUUUAGGGGGGAGAUAUUAUGAGGCUGGUGUCAUUAGGCGAUAGCCAUUGAAUCAUUCAAUCUUUUUUACUGGCCGUAUUUUUUCGGUUUCACCUUUUUCUCGAUAAUUUUCUUUAUCUCUCAGGUCAUUUCCAUGGUUUUCAGAUCCCCUUUAGAGCUUUAUCCCUCCCAUUUCUUCCUGCCAAACUUCGCUGAUCGCCCAGUGCUCCUGGCGAACAGCGCUCCCACCACCAGGUCUCCAGAAGACUUGUCCAUGUUUCAGCUACCGACCCUCAACUUCUCCCCGGAGCAGGUGGCGAGCGUCUGCGAGACGCUGGAGGAGACCGGGGACAUCGAGCGGCUGGGCCGUUUCCUCUGGUCGCUGCCUGUGGCUCCGGGAGCGUGCGAAGCGAUCAACAAGCACGAGUCCAUCCUGCGCGCCCGGGCCGUGGUGGCGUUCCACACGGGGAAUUUCAGAGACCUCUACCACAUCCUGGAGAACCACAAGUUCACCAAGGACUCGCACGGCAAACUGCAAGCCAUGUGGCUGGAAGCACACUACCAGGAGGCCGAGAAGCUCCGCGGUCGUCCCCUCGGACCGGUCGAUAAGUACCGGGUGCGGAAGAAGUUUCCGCUGCCUCGGACCAUCUGGGACGGCGAGCAGAAGACGCACUGUUUCAAAGAGAGGACACGGAGCCUGCUGAGGGAGUGGUACCUUCAGGACCCGUAUCCAAACCCCAGCAAGAAAAGGGAACUGGCUCAAGCCACUGGACUCACUCCUACACAGGUCGGAAACUGGUUUAAAAAUCGGAGGCAACGAGACAGAGCCGCGGCGGCCAAAAACAGGCUCCAACACCAAGCAAUAGGACCGAGCGGUAUGAGGUCCCUGUCAGAGGCCGGCCUCACCCCUCACAGCUCGGCAGAGUCGCCAUCAACCGCGGCCAGUCCGACCACCAGCGUUUCCAGUAUGGCAGAGAGAGUUGAUACUGGGACGUCCAUCCUGUCCGUCACAUCCAGCGACUCGGAGUGCGAUGUAUGAUACGCGGGGGAAAGAAAAAACACACACACACACACACACAAAAACAAACAAAAAGAGAAAUAU